AUGUCACUUUACUUUUUAAAAGAUUUGUUAAAAAGAACUAAUCCUCUCCUUCGUUCCCUCAUUCCUUAUCAUACUUCCUCAAUUAUUUUAUCGGAUUCUAUUUGCAUUUCAAAUUUAACACAAAAUCCUUUAAAUUACAUAAAUUUUAAAUAUAACAAUAAAAUUAAUCGCAAUUAUUUAACUGCUUCUUCAUUGAACUAUCCCAAUCGCUCCUUCUCAACGGUCACUAAGGCCGUGGUUCCUGAAACCUACUCUGAUGAGGAGAUAGAAACAGUUGAAAGCAUAAAAUUACUCAUAGAUAAACGGAUCAGACCUGUGAUUCAACAGGACGGAGGCGACGUGUUCUUCGUCUCAUACGACCCUUCAACAGGGUAUGUGUAUGUAAGGCUCAGCGGAGCCUGCGUUGGAUGCAUACAGAGCGAUAUUACUCUAAAGCAUAUGAUACAGGGGAUGCUGUGUCAUUAUCUCGAGGAGAUCACUGCAGUUUACAACGUGGAUGAAGAUAACAAUGUAAUCAAACCAGAUUCUGAGAAUGAUUAA